UAUACUGUAUAGUACGGAACGGCUCUCCUUUACUUCACUAUUUCCGGUGACUGGCCAAUUCGGCGAGCUGUAAAAUGGUUUACCAACGAUUACGGUGGAAAAAAUUCUAGGGUUUUCUGAUCGGAGAACUGGGUUUUUCUCUUCUCUCUUUAGAAGCUGGAUCGAAAAAAAAAUCGAUUCUUUUGUCUUGGCUGUCCAACAAAUUUCAGGAUUGAAUAGAUUUAUUAUAGCCUGCUAAGUUGAAUAUGACGAGGAACAACACGAGGAAGUCUGCCCUGGCUAACACAAUUGUCAACAAGGAAAUCAUUGUGAUUGAGUCAGAUACAGACACAGACACAGAUGAAGUUGGUGCUGGAAUGUUGGCUCUUUGUGGUGUAGAGAAUUCACCAGGGGAUGAUGAUACUUUAGCUAAGAAACCAGUGAAGUAUGAUGUGGCGAAGACCAUUGUGAAGCAGGAAAUAAAGAUGGAACCAGACAUAGAUGAAGUUGGUGGUACAAUGCUGGCUCUUUGUGUCCAAAUGGAUGCAUUAGGGAAUGGUUCUUUAGUUAAGACCCCCGAGAACUCUGCUGUGGCUAAGACCAUUUUGAAGGAGAAUAUAAUUGAGAUUGAGUCGGACACAGAUACAGAUGAAGUUGGUGGUAGGAUGCUUGCUCCUUGUGGUGCCGAGAAUGCAUCACCGGAUGAUGUUUUAGCUAACAACCCCAAGACUUCUGCGGUUGCUAAGACAAUUGUGACGAAAGAAAUAAAGACUGAGCCAAGCAUAGAUGAAGCUGGUGGUCGAUCGCUGGCUCUUGGUGAAGUGAAUGCAUCAGGGGAUGAUACUUUAGCUAAGAAUUCUGCGGUGGCUAAGGCCAUUGUGAAUCAGGAAGUUAUUGAGAUUGAGUCAGACACAGACGCAGGUGAAGUUGGUGGUAGAAUGCUGGCUCUUUGUAGUGCCGAGGAUGCAUCAGGGGAUGAUGUUUUAGCGCGUGGGGCCUCACCCUUUGUAAAGUCUGAGGUGGCUAAGACAAUUGUGAAGAAGGAAAUAAUUGAGAUUGAGUCAGCUACAGACACAGAUACAGAUGAAGUUGGUGGUAGAAUGCUGGCUUUAGCUAAAGAUGGCGAAACGAACAGAACCAAUAUGCAGAUUGUUUGUGCGGAUGAUUACGAUUCCGGUUUGGUUCAUGAUCUGGAAUAUAAAAAGUACUUGGCACAUUAUAGUGAAAUCGGGAAUCUAUAUAUGCUUGAUGACAAUGUUAGAGAUAGUUCUCCAGUGCGUAUUAUGUACAAUGUCGAUCAUGAAGUAUCUGAUAGAAGUAAAAGCAAAGCACUAAUAAUCAAGAAGAGUAGAGCAGGGAGAAAGGCGAAGUUUCCUAUGGUUUCUAGUGUAUCUAAGAGGUUGAAGAUUGGGAAUGGUAGAGCAGAUCAGAACUUGAUUUCGAGGACUGUCUUAAGGACCCAAGAAACGCAACAAAUGAAAGGAAAUGCUCGACGUGGAAGAAAGAGUUCUGUAGCCAAGGACUGUGUCGAAUUAAAGCCUACAAGUUACGUCAGAGAUACCAAACAAAAGAACGGAGAUGCUCGACGUGGAAGGAAGACUUCUUUGGCGAAGAAAGACGUCAUAUUAAAGCAUACGAGAAAUGAUGAGUCUCAGACGAUUUUUAGAGCUUCAAAGAGACUGAAAACUGAAAAUGGGAGAUCAGAUCAUAACUGGACUUCAAAGAGUAUCCCAGUGGUUAACACCAACGGUACCAAACAAACGAAAUAUGCUGACAUUUUUCAUUUUGUUAUAAUGUUUUCCAAGGAUCUUGAAGAUGGUGUUGACCCUGAUGAUUUAUUCAACUCUUCGUAUAGCAAGAGGCUAAUGGAACUUCUCAGAAAUCCCUAUGAUGAGGAAGAGUACUUGCGACUCUAUACUGAGGCAUCACUCAAAAGACCAUUGACUCGGUCUAGACAAUUACGAGAUGGAAGAGAGAUUGAAUAUAAUGUUGAAGACCAGUUGGCACCGUCAUAUCUCGAAAAGUAUACAGAUUUCAACAAGAUUUAUCAUCGUUAUCAGAAGGAUCUUCCUCGAUCUUUAAACCUGUUGCGCGGAUUCUUCUUUUAUUUAGAGAACAUAGUUCUUGAAGGUGCAUUCAAACCCUGGCUACAUGAAAAAAGUUUGAUAAAUCUGUGCGUUGAUGCUAGAGAGUGCAUAGAUAUGGUAGGCAACAAGUAACGCGGCACCACACUGUUUUUAAAAGUACAUCUUAAGUGAAACUCAAGACUCUAUUCUAUAAGACAGUCUUGGAUAUGAAGCAAAACGAGAGAUCCUACAAGAUUUGUAUUUGCAAUCUCAAGGCUUCUUUUAGGUUCGUCACUAUAUGGUAGUAAUAGUAGUGGUAGUAGUAGUAGUAGUUUAUGACUUCAUAUUAAUAGCUGCAGAUCUUGAUGUGUAAACUGUAGUAUUAUGUAUACUCUAUAUAGCUUGGAAGCGAACUAACAAAUUGAAGAAAGGCCUAAAAGCCAAGAUUUCAUUUAUACUCUA